AUGGCUUCUGAAUCUCAGUCUUCCUCGAAACCCGCCGCCGGCAAGCUGUGGGGCGGCAGAUUCUCCGGUGCAACUGACCCAUUGAUGGUUGCAUACAACGAAUCUAUCUACUUCGACCGCGCAUUUUAUGCUCAAGACAUUGCCGGCUCAAUUGCCUUUGCUAGAGCCAAUGUGGCUACGGGUAUCCUCACGCAGGCCGAAUUCGAGGCCAUCGAAAAGGGUUUCGCGCAAAUUCGCGGAGAGUGGGAAAAUAACACUUUCGUUAUACGCCCUGGUGUCGACGAAGACAUUCACACAGCCAACGAACGCAGAUUGGGUGAGGUCAUUGGCACGGAUAUCGCGGGGAAGUUACACACGGGCAGGAGCCGAAAUGAUCAGGUUGCGACAGACUUGAGAUUAUGGUUGCGAGACGAGCUGAAAACUAUCGAGUCGUAUUUGGUCGAGUUGAUCCGUACGGUGUCAGACCGCGCGGAGGCUGAUAUUGAAUACUUGAUCCCCGGCUACACGCACCUUCAACGUGGACAGCCCGUAAGAUGGAGCCAUUGGUUGUUGAGCUAUGGGUCUUCCUUCUUGAACGAUCUCGAACGACUACGAGAAGUUAUCGCCCGCGUCAACAAGUGCCCCCUAGGUUGCGGGGCUCUCUCGGGGAACGCAUUCAAAAUCGACCGCGAAGCCAUGGCAAAGGAGCUCGGCUUCGAUGGGCUAGUUAUGAACAGCAUGGCUGCCGUCGGCGACAGGGACUUCAUCCUCGAAGCCAUGCAAUGGGGCUCGAUGCUCAUGCUCCAUAUUUCUCGAUGGAGCGAGGACCUUAUCCUCUAUAGUUCGACUGAAUUUGGCUUCUUUACAAAUCGCUACCCGCGUUCUCUUGACCCUGACAACAUUCCCUGA